AUGUAAUAAAUAUAUAACCCAGAUGAAAGGAUGAAUAUUGAAUUAUUUUUAGCUGCUAGAGAACUUCCUAAUCUUGAAUUCUUAUCUAAAAGUGAUCCUUAUUUAGAAUUAUAUUAUUCUCUAUAAGGAGAACCAGAAAUAAGUUUAGGCAAAACUGAAACAGCUGAAUGUAAUUUAGAUCCUAAUUGGGAAAAAUCAUUUAUUAUUGAAUAUUUACCAAAUUUAAUUCAAAUACUUAGAUUUUAGAUAUUUGAUGAAAAUAGAAUGGGAAGAGAAUUUAUGGGAGAAGCAUAAAUAACAAUAAAAGACAUAUUAUAAUCUAAAAAUUCAUUAAUUUCAUUACCAAUCAAAAGAUUUGAUAAAAAUGCAGGAUAAUUAUUAUGUAAAGCAGUAUAAAUGAAAUAAUCAAAUCAUUUUGUUUAAUGGUAAUUUUCUGGUUCAAAUAUUAAAAAUAUGGAUGGUAUUUUUGGUAAAUCUGAUCCAUUUCUUAAAUUUUAUUUAUAUUCAGAUAAUGUAUGGUGUUAAAUACAUUAAACUGAAUUUAUAAAAGAUGAUCUAAAUCCAACAUGGAAAGAAUUUGAAAUAUCUUUAUAAAGAUUAUGUUUAAAUGAUGAAAAUAAAAAAUUUAAAAUAGAAUGUUUAGAUAGACAUGAAAAAGGAAAAAAUAAUUAAUUAAUAGGUUCAUUUGAAACAACAAUUGAUGAAAUAUUCAAUAAAAAUAAAGAAGAAUUUUCACUUGUAUAACCUAAAGGAGGUUAAGUAGGAACAAUAAGAAUAAAAAAUAAAAAAAGAAUAUAUAGAGCAAAUUUUGAUGAUUAUAUUAAACAAGGUACAACAUUUAAUCUAAUUAUUGGUAUUGAUUAUUCUACUCAUAAUGGAGUUCCAUCAUUUCCAGAUUCUUUACAUUCUUAUAUAGAUAACAAUAAUAAAUAUGGAAAAGUAAUAAGUGAUGUAGCUUAAGUUUUAGAAAAAUAUAAUUAAAAAAAAUUAUUUGCAAUAUAUGGAAUAGGUGCAGAACCACAUUUAACUAAUUAUACAUUAAAUACUUAUUAAACUUUAUUUCCAUUAACAGGAGAUUUCUAAAAACCUUAAGUUGAAGGAUAUUAAGAAGUUGCAAAUUUAUAUAAAAAUACAUUGAAAUAAAUAGUUGUAAAAGGUGAUUUUUAAAUUGAAGACUACAUUAAUUAUAUAUAAACAAUAGCUGAAGCUAAUGCUGGUAAGUUAAUAUAUACAAUUUGUGUAAUAAUUGCAUAAGGUAAAAUUACAGAUGCUUAAAUUUUCUAAGAUUUAUUAAUAAAAGGUAUUUGUAUUAUUAAAUUAAGGUUCCAAAUUACCAUAUUCAUUAAUUUUUGUAGGUAUGGGAAAGAAUGAUUUUACAGAAGUGAAAAGAAUUAUUGAUAAAAUUAAUAAUCAAUAACCACCUAUUAGAAAUAAUUUUACAUUUUAUGAAUACAAAGAAUAAACAAUCUAAAUGUUAUCUAAACAUUUAUUGAAUGAUAUACCAUAACAUUUAGUUAGUUAUAAAUAAUGA